AUGGGCACAGAUCAAAAAUACUUAUUGAAAAUAAGAGUUAAUAAAAAGGAUGACAAAUCUGAAAAAGUAACACAUUUUCCUGAACAACUCCUCAAUAUAUACUUUGAUCCAAGCAGAGUGGCUGAUGCGCCACCUUAUUUUAUACAGUUUAUUCCAAAAGUAAUAACUGCUCCAGGAGAAGUAUUGUCCAUUUAGUUACCAACAAUAACGGACAAUCUGUUUGAUAAUUACACAGUUAUUGUAGAUUAUGGAGCAUCAUUUUUGUUUAUAAAACUAAUCGACGGUGUAAUCAGUAUCGCACCAUUAUUAGAAAACAUUGGAACUUACUAACUCAAGUUUACUCUAUUGUAGCAUUAAAAAUAUCCCUAUCUUUCGAGAGUUUAUACUAUGGAUGUAAGAGUUAAGGAGGUCUUGUCAAAUUCUACAAAUAAUACUACUGAGUCAAGACCAUCAGUUACAAAUAAUGCGAAAAUAAUAUCUGUAAAUGCUACAGGCUAUGUAAUGAUUCGAUUCAAGGAUGAGCUAAAAAAGCCUGAAAAUUUAUCAGAAAUAAGUUAUUAAAGAAUUAGAAUUGAAUUAUUUAAAGAAGCUGAGGGCUCUAGUGAGCUUAUUAAUUACAAACUACUUGAUAUAGGUAGAGAAAUAAUGCUGAUUAGACUUUAUUUCAAGAAUAUUUCAGAAGUCUCUAAAUUUUAAAUCUCAAACCUUGUAACAUCUUUGGAGUGCAAUAAACUCAUUUUAGUUACUUUCACAUUUGCCUAUGAUAAGUAUAAACGCUCCAGCAAAUGUCCAAUUAUUUUUCCAAUAUGUCCUAAAUUUAGCAACCUUCAACAUUUUUCCAACUGA